AUGGAUGCUAUUAAGCCAUUGAAGAAGAAAAAAUGGGUCCUUCCUCUGAUUUUCUCAAUCUCAAUAUCGUGUUUUAUCAUCGUCUUUUCGCUUUUUGUCUCGAACCCUUUUCAACCAAGAUCCGAUAUCAAAGAUGAAACUCCGAUCUUUGUUGAAUCGAAGUUACAUGUAGCUGAAACGCAGCCCUUUUCCAGAAUUCCGAGAUUGGCUUACUUGAUCUCCGGUUCGAGCGGGGAUGGCCAGAGUUUGAGAAGGACAUUGAAGGCCCUUUACCAUCCACUGAAUCAGUAUGUGGUUCACUUGGACCUUGAGGCUUCGCCGGAAGAGAGAAUGGAGCUUGUGAAUUUCGUCAAGACUGAAGCUUUAUUUGUGCAAGUUGGAAACGUGAGGGUAAUUGAGAGAUCAAAUCUUGUUACUUACAGAGGGCCUACUAUGGUUAGUAACACCCUUCAUGCUGCUGCUAUUUUGUUGAAAGAAGACUUGCUCCACACAUUAUCAAAUGUUUCAAGAGAAUUUAAUUUUAUUGAGCACACCAGCGACAUUGGUUGGAAAGAGUGGCAAAGAGCCAAGCCUGUUAUUAUUGAUCCAGGCCUCUAUAGCAGGAAAAAAUCAGAUGUGUUUUGGGUCACACAGAAAAGGAGUGUGCCUACAGCAUUCAAGCUGUUUACAGGUUCUGCUUGGAUGAUGCUCUCACGCCCCUUUGUUGAGUACUGUAUAUGGGGUUGGGAUAACUUACCUCGAAUGGUCCUAAUGUAUUAUUCUAAUUUUCUCUCUUCACCAGAAGGAUAUUUUCACACAGUUAUCUGUAAUGCAGAGGAGUUUAAAAAUACUACUGUGAAUCAUGACCUGCAUUUCAUAUCCUGGGACAACCCUCCCAAGCAGCACCCUCAUUUCCUCACCAGUAAUGAUUACCAGAGAAUGCUAGAUAGCAAUGCUCCCUUUGCCCGAAAGUUUGGCAAAGAGGAAGGCGUUCUCGAAAAGAUAGAUUUGGAGCUUUUACACCGCAAACGUGAUGGUUUUGUCCCUGGUAGUUGGUUUGAAGAUGGAGGUGAUACGAAUUCAACUGAUUUUCACUAUACUACUACAAAUAUAACUACCCUGAGGCCGGGGCAAGGGGCUGAAAGGCUAAAAAAUCUCAUCAACGGUUUGUUAGGUGCUAAAGAUUUUGAUUCAAAACAUUGUAUUUAG